ACCCACCCGACCCAGGAUCAGCCAAAAUUAGUCACAUCCAACUGCACAACGAUUUGUUGCCCGAUGUUUCUUUGUAUUUCUCAUUUAAGCUUUCCCGUGGAAUGAGCGUUCCAUGCAGCAUCCUAGGUAUGAAUGACGUGGCCUGGCAGGAGACAAGAGGUGGGAUGCUGCAUGCAAAUGGUGCUCCUGAGACUGGAGUUGUUCAAGUUCACAGUGGAGGGCCCCUUGCCACAGUUGGGGGAGCUGGACAGGCUCCUGGGGUCCCACAUUUACAGGGCAUGGAGAGGAUUCCUAACCCUAUUCCAGGUACCCCACAACCUCCACUGAGUGGAAGAUCUCAGGAUGAUGCUACAGUUGGAUACUUCUUUCAAAGGCAGCCUGGAGAGCAGCUUGGUGGUUGCACACCCAGCAAGCAUCGCUGGCCAACUGGAGAUGCCAAUCAUGUUGACCAGGUCCGUGCUGUGGAUGAAAUGAACUAUGACUUUCAAGCCCUUGCUUUGGAGUCAAGGGGAAUGGGAGAGCUUUUACCAGCAAAAAAGCUCUGGGAUUCUGAUGAGCUGGCAAAAGAUGGAAGGAAAGGGAUGCUGCUUGGAGAGGAGUGGAGGGACACUGCCUGGGGAUCGUCUCUGUCUCAGCCAAUCAUGGUGCAGCGACGACCGGGCCAGACUUUCCAUGGGAAUGGGGAUGCCAAUUCUGUGCUUUCACCUCGCUCAGAAGGGGGAGGCCUGGGAGUGAGCAUGGUAGAGUACGUCCUGAGUUCCUCCCCAGGUGACAAGAUGGACGGUCGCUACAGGAAUGGAGGCUAUGGUGGAGGAGAUACUGACCAAGAUGGGAGAGAAAAGGGUGAUGUCCAAGAAAAAGUGUCACCCUUUGAAGAGGAUAAGGGCUCAGAGAUGAAGGUGGGAGAGGACAGUGAUCCAGCUAAAGCCAAUGGAAGAGGUCUACUAAACGGCAUGGACAGAGACUGCAAAGACUUCAAUCCAACCCCUGGAAGCCGUCAAGCUUCCCCCACAGAGGCUGUGGAGAGGAUGGGACCUAGUCAGACAGGUUUGGACAUGAUGGGUCCACACCACCCUCAUGCCCUUCAACAACAAAAUCCCAACCAAAACAAGGCCCCAGUUGAGGAUUUCCAAAACCAGGAGGCUCAGAACAUGGGAGGUAUGGAGCAGGCAGCCGGUGUGGAGUCCCUUCAGUUUGACUAUGCCGGGAACCAGAUUCAGGUGGACUCCUCUGGAACUCCAGUAGGAUUGUUUGAUUACAACUCUCAGCAGCAGUUAUUUCAGAGAUCAAAUACUCUGACUGUUCAACAGCUUACUGCAGCACAACAGCAGCAGUAUGCCCUGGCCGCAGCCCAGCAGCAGCAUCUCGCUGGCCUUGCUCCUGCAUUUGUGCCAAACCCUUACAUCAUUAACGCUGGCCCACCUGGAACAGAUCCCUACACUGCUGCUGGGCUGGCAGCAGCGGCCACACUUGCAGGCCCCACAGUGGUUCCCCCACAGUACUAUGGUGUUCCUUGGGGUGUGUACCCAGCUAAUCUUUUCCAGCAGCAGGCUGCAUCUACUGCCAAUCAUUCAGCUAAUCAGCAAGCAUCCAAUCAGGGACCAGGACCAGGCCAACCACAGGUGAUGCGAACUGGAACCAACCAGCGACCUCUUACCCCAGGUUAUCAGGUCUUAGCCCCUGCAGCCUACUAUGACCAGACUGGAGCCCUGGUGAUGGGCCCCGGAGCCCGGACUGGUCUAGGUGGGCCAGUACGUCUAUUCCAGACCCCUCUCCUCAUCAAUCCUGCAGCAGCACAGGCUGCAGCUGCAGUCCCUGCAUCUGGUUCUGGUAACAACAUGUCUGGUCCUCCAGCCAAUGGACUUUACCGCUCCAUGCCUCAACCUCAGCCGCAGCAGCAGCAGGCUCCCCCGCCCAGCAGUGGCCUGCCCUCCAGCUCAUUCUAUGGCUCUGGAUCAGUUCCUAACACAUCUCAGAGCAGUUCCCUUUUCUCUCACACCUCUGCUGCACCACCACCAAGCUCCUCCCUGGGAUUCAGCAGCACCGGUGGCUCUCUUGGUGUGGGCCUGGGUUCUGCUCUCGGAGGCUUUGGCUCAUCUGUAUCCAGCUCUACCAGUAGCAGUGUAUCUCGCAGGGACUCCUUGUUGGCGAGUUCUGACCUAUACAAACGUGGUGGCAGCAGUUUAACCCCCAUCGGCCAGCCCUUUUACAACAGCUUGGGUUACUCCUCUUCUCCCAGCCCCAUUGGUCUCACACCAGGUCACUCCCCACUCACUCCUCCACCAUCUCUGCCCUCAUCUCAUGGAUCCUCUUCCAGCCUUCACCUAGGUGGCCUGACAAAUGGAAGUGGACGUUACAUAUCUGCAGCACCUGGAGCUGAGGCAAAGUACCGGAGCACUGGCGGGGCGUCCAGUCUGUUCAAUUCAAGCAGCCAGCUGUUUCCUCCAUCUCGGCCCCGUUACAGUCGCUCUGAUGUCAUGCCAUCUGGACGCAGCCGCUUACUGGAAGACUUUAGGAACAACCGCUUCCCAAACCUCCAACUCCGUGACCUUCCAGGCCACAUGGUGGAGUUCUCUCAAGAUCAGCAUGGAUCAAGAUUUAUCCAACAGAAGCUAGAAAGGGCCACUCCUGCGGAGAGGCAGAUGGUUUUUGGAGAGAUUCUGCAAGCAGCAUACCAGCUGAUGACUGACGUAUUUGGGAACUAUGUCAUCCAAAAGUUCUUUGAGUUUGGAAGUGCAGACCAGAAGUUGGCUUUAGCAACACGUAUCCGUGGGCACGUACUCCCUCUGGCUUUGCAGAUGUAUGGGUGCAGGGUGAUACAGAAAGCCCUGGAGUCCAUUUCCUCAGACCAGCAGAGUGACAUUGUUCGUGAGCUGGAUGGUCAUGUGUUGAAGUGUGUGAAGGACCAGAAUGGGAACCAUGUGGUGCAGAAGUGCAUUGAGUGUGUCCAGCCUCAGGCCCUACAGUUCAUCAUAGAUGCCUUCCAGGGACAGGUGGUUGUGCUGUCCACACACCCUUAUGGCUGCAGAGUGAUCCAAAGGAUUUUGGAGCACUGCACACAGGAGCAAACUCUGCCCAUCCUGGAAGAGCUGCAUCAGCACUCUGAACAGCUGGGCCAGGAUCAGUAUGGUAACUACGUCAUUCAGCAUGUUUUGGAGCACGGCAGGCCAGAAGAUAAGAGUAAGAUAGUGGCAGAGGUUCGUGGAAAGGUUCUUGUCCUGAGCCAGCACAAAUUUGCAAGUAAUGUUGUCGAGAAGUGUGUGAUCCAUUCUUCACGUGCUGAGAGAGCUCUGUUAAUAGAUGAAGUGUGCUGUCAAAAAGAUGGGCCUCAUAGCGCCCUGUACACCAUGAUGAAGGACCAGUAUGCCAAUUAUGUUGUCCAAAGAAUGAUCGACAUGGCAGAACCCGCUCAGCGCAAAAUCAUCAUGCACAAGAUCCGGCCUCACAUUGCCACUUUGCGCAAAUACACCUAUGGGAAGCACAUUUUGGCCAAGCUAGAAAAGUACUACAUGAAGAGUGGAUCUGAACUGGGUCCCAUCGGUGGCCCCACGAAUGGUCUCAUGUAGUUGCAUCCACAUCCUUGGUCCCCUGAAGAAGAAGAAGAGGAGGAGUAGGAGCCCCAAACCCCCUGUUCUGUAGGGGCAUGUGUUUACCCCAGCAGCUUAAAGUCUGCCUGCUGUUUCGGUACUGAAUUUUACAGCCUGACAAACCUGAGCUGCUGCAUCCACUGAGCCCCAUUUGAGCCGUCUUACUUUCUCUCAUCCAGGUGAUCACUCGGGAUUUAUAUGAAAUAAAAGCUAGUGUGUACUUACAGAUGCAGAGCAUGAGGUUUAGUUGUACAGCAGGCGUGUAACCUGGUAUAAUCUUAACAUGAAAUGACCAUAGUUGGGGGGGCUCUUUGUGGGGAGGGGGGUGGGGGGUAUGCGUUGGCAUGCUGUGACAGGUUUUAAUCCUUGGAAUGAUUUUUGUUUUUUUCUUUAUCAUGUUUUGUGUAACAUCUGUCUUGUAGUUUGAGAUAAACACUGCCCUAGAAAACCGUAUCUUUAUGUAUUGAAUAAUCAUCUCUAGUGUAGAAGUAGUUUAGCGACUGUAUAGCAUCUUUAUAUAUGAGUAAAUUGUUGCUUUUUGGUAGGGGGCUUGCAGCAGUGAUGGAACCCCCACCCGCCUGAAGGUCGGAGUAGUCCAACAAAAAAUGUGCAUCUGAGGUGAAAUGAACCAGAACUAGCAGGACAAGUUGAAGAAAGGGAAAGAACCUUUUUUUUUUUUUUUUUUUUUUAAUGGUUCUUGUUUUUUCUUUUUGUUUUAAAAUUACUUUUUUCAUAUGGUUGGGAAUGCAUAUGCGUUGGUGGAGGCCGGUGGGGCCAUCAAAGACUAUACAAUUCACCCAUAAUGCUCGUAGUGAUCGCUUCUUUGCUUCAUAUGAAUAAUUGUAGAAUACAUGUAGUAUAUGUGCAGUUAAGUGUAAGAUUAUUAGCUUAAUUGAAAUAAGUCUAGUUGUGGUGUUUUGACAGGCCUUGCUCUCAAUUUGUAGUGAUGCUUUUAUUUUGUUUGUACAGUUGUACAUUUUGUAAACGUUUAUGCUGUAAAUGGGAUGUCUUUUACACUUUUUGGGGAGAAAGGGCAAAAUGUGCAUUUUGAUGUGUGUAUAUUCAUCACUCCUUUCCCCUUGAAUAUAAUGUAUACAGUUUUAUUUGAUCAAGUGUUAUUUUAAAGAAGAAACUUUAUGGCUUCAUAAUCUGGCAUGGUUUUUGGUUUUAAUCUGUCAUGGGAAAGGCCAGCCUCUUUGUACUGGAGCUGUAACAUCCACUGUUGAUAGUCUUUAUGAUGUGUGACAUUUUAAAAAGGAAAAAGAAAACACUCUGUACUAAAAUGGAGGCUGCAUUUAGUCCUCUGCUACCAUGGAAACUUCACAGGAUAUAACAAGAAUUAUUUUUGUACAGAAGAGUGCUGUAUUUUGGAACAGCUUCUACCUUGUAAGCAAAAGCAAUGUAAAAUAUUGUCAAUUAUAUAAAUAUGAACAUAUGAGUUUUGUCACACUGUCAAAGUCAUGUACAUUUUCAGGUGGCCUUAUGUACAUUUCCAGAUGUUAGAUGAAGAAAAACUCAUUUUUGGAAGCGGAAUUGUGACUAUGUAUGAUUAAACUGU